AUGCUAUUUGCGCAUGGAACUCCAUCGAACAAAAGGCAAUUUCGAGAACUGGUCACCCGACACUUUCGAACCAUCUCUGUCCAGACCUACGACCUCUUCCUCAAGUAUGGCCUAGACCAGAUUUAUCAUAUGAAGAACUUGAUCUUGGGAGAUAUUCAACGGUUAAUUGCGCCAGAAUUUAGUCAAUUGAUUGAAGGCAUCUCGUGGAACUCGAGGAUAAACGAGGGAGAAAU